AAUGGGAAUGAAAGAGGAAGUUCAAGGACAAAAUGAAAUGGAGGAUGAAGAUCAGCACCACAAUUUCCAAAGUGAAGAAAAUUAUUUCAUAUGCUCACAAACUGAUGAAGAUUCACCUGAAGAAAGAGCAGAAGACAAAAUCUCUUUUGCAUGCCAUCUUACUGCUGAGACUUUUUCACAAAAAGAACAUUCAAAUGUUCACAUAAAGACUCACACAGGUGAAAUGCCUCAGUGUGAAAAGACAAGAAAAAGGCACCUUAAGGAUUAUUUAGUAGGUCACGCUGGUGAAAGGACCUUUACAUGCCCUCACUGUGAUAAGUGUUUUAAACAACGAAGAAGUCUUAAUAUUCACAUAAAGACUCACAGCGGAGAAAAGCCAUACAGCUGCCCUCAGUGUGAAAAGUGUUUUAAACGACAGGGAACUCUAAAUGUUCACAUAAAGUCUCACACUGAAGGAAGGCCCUACAGCUGCCCUCAUUGUGAAAAGACUUACAGACUUAAAAACCACCUUAAGGAACAUUUAUUUACUCACACUGGUGAGUGGCCCUUCACCUGCCCUCAGUGUAAUAAGGGUUUUUUACGAAAAAGACAACUUAAUGAUCACAUAAAUACUCAUACUGGAGAAAGACCAUACCCCUGUCCUCAAUGUGAAAAUACUUACACAUCUAAACAGCACCUUAGGCAUCAUAUAAUAACUCAUACAAAUGAGAGACCCUUUGCAUGCCCUCAGUGUGAUAAGUGUUUUAAAAGACCGGGACAUCUUAAAGGUCACAUAAAGUCUCACACUGGAGAAAAACCAUACAGCUGCCCUCUGUGUGAUAAGGGAGUUUUACGAAAAAGUACUCUUGAUAUUCACUUAAAGACUCACACUGGGGAAAGGUCAUAUGCCUGUCUUCAGUGUGAAAAGACUUACGUAUGUAAACAACACUUUAGGAAUCAUAUAUUAACUCAUACAAAUGAGACACCAUUUACAUGCCCUCAGUGUGAUAAGGGGUUUUUACGAAAAAUAAAUCUUAAUAUUCACAUAAAGACUCACACUGGAGAAAGGCCAUACGCCUUUCCUCAGUGUGAAAAGACUUACAAAUGUAAAAAGUCUCUGAUGAAACACAAAAUAAUUCACACUAUUAACAAGCCUUUCUCUUGCCUUCAAUGUGGAAAGAGUUUUAAACAAAAAGGAACUCUUACACUUCACAUGAAGAUUCACAGUGGUGAUGGGCUUUACACCUGUCCUCAUUGUGGAAAGAGUUUUACAAAAAAAGGAAAUUUAGAGGCUCACAUAAGAGUUCACACUGAAGAGAAACCUUUCAGGUGCCCGCAGUGUGACAAGAGUUUUAGACAACGUGGAGCUCUUCAGGGUCACAUACGAAUUCAUACAGGUGAGAAGCCUUUCUCGUGCCAUCUGUGUGAUAAGAGUUAUACAUGGGCCCGAAGUCUCAAAGCUCAUCUGAUGUUUCACCAUAAUGGAGAAAACCUCUAAAAGUGUUCACAUUGUGUAAAGAGUUUUAUUGAGUCUUUGAUGCUGCUAAAACACAAGUGACUGUAUACUGGAGAGAAGCUGCACCGCUGUCAUUCAUGUUGGAGAAGUUUCAGACGAUCACAGAGAAAAGCGCUGUCUGUAAAAAGUGAACAAAGAUCAACUUCAGUCUUCAGGUCCAAACACAUGAUGUGAAAUACGGAUAGAUCUUGCAAUUGAAUUACUUCAAAAUAUCUUAAUUUUAAUGCAUUACAUGAAGUGGUGAAAAUUGCUCCUGUAGCUCAUCUUGUCAAGCAUUGUGUUCGCAGUUCAAAAGGUCAUGGGUUCAAUCCUAAGAACACUCAUUCUGAUUAAAUGUAUAGCUUUAAUGUAUUGUUACUUGCUUUUGAUAAAGUGUCAGCCAAAUGCAUUUAAAUGUAAAAAAAAAAAUUCAGGAUUUAUUAUUUUUAUGCUGUAGUAGAUUUGCACUCAUUAAAGGUAAUUUGUUAAAUAAUGGUAACAAUAGUUACCAUGAUUAAUUUUGUUAAUCAUGGAUAUGAUGGAAAGAGAACUAAACAUGUGACUGA